UAAGAUUUGAUAUUGUGGAAUUGAACUAAUAUUUCAGUAAUCAUCAGUCAUCACGUGCAAAAUGAACUAAUUUGAGAAAAGAAUGAUGAUUAUCCAAGUCUACUUAUAAAUAUGAAGAGUUUGUGAACAAAAAUAUGUCUUCAAAAUUUAUACAUUCUAUAAAAGUGCCGCGGCUUUACAAAGAAUCAUCAAAGAUUGUAAAAAAAGUUUUAUUGGAUGGUGCCAGUUUUAAAACUUUAGUUUUCCAAAAUAGUCAUCCUAAUGUCCAAGGGAUCUAUGCAUUGGUGUCAGAGACUUUGCAUCAUUCAAAAGAAUUAGAAAAUAUAAUAGAUAAGACUAAAAUUUUAAUUGAAAAUCCACGUUUUGACCCAUGGUUGGCAAGAGUGUUGAUAACAGAACUGUUGUGGGGAAAGAAAGAUUUCAGAUCGGAGGCUAAACCUAUAUUAACUGUUUUCAGUUACAAAGAAAAAUUACAGCAGGCUGUAUUGCAAAAUCCUAAUGCCGAUGUAGAUCCCUGUGACAAUAAAAAAGUAAAACUACCACGGUACGUUCGAAUCAACACAUUACUAACAAGUAUUGAUGAUGCUCUUGAGGCAUUUUAUUAUGAUGGAUGGAAUCUUUUACCUCGCUGUGAUACUUAUUCAUCUCAUCUGAAAGCAAUUUCAAAUAUAGGUUGUAUAGAUUUUAUACAAGAUUUUCAUAUGUCAGAAGUGUUUGUAUUUCCACCUGGUACACAGUUUUAUAAUCACCCUGGUUACAUCAAUGGAAAAUUAUUACUACAAGAUAAAGCUAGUUGUCUCUCUGCAUUUUUGUUGAAUCCAGAACCUGAUUCUGAAAUUUUAGAUAUGUGUGCUGCUCCUGGAAUGAAAACUACCCAUCUUGCAGCUAUUAUAAAUAACUCAGGGAAAAUAUAUGCAGUUGAAAUGAGUGGAAAUAGAUAUAAAACUUUAUGUGAUUUUGUUAGCCACACUAAUGCAAAGUGUGUAGAAACUAUACAAGCCGAUGCUCUAACAAUAUCGCCAGAGCAAUAUCUAAAUAUAAAAUAUAUCUUAGUUGAUCCCAGUUGUUCAGGUUCUGGAAUGAGUAGAAUUGAAAUAAGAAAACCAAGUCAAGCAAACUUAAGUGAACGAUUGAGAAAGUUACAGUCAUUACAAUCAAUGAUGCUUUGUUAUGCUCUACUUCGUUUUCCCAAUGUUAAAAAGGUUGUAUACAGUACAUGUUCCAUUUAUCCAGAAGAAAAUGAAUGUGUCGUUGACGAAGCUCUGAAAAAGGUCGGCGAUGCCUUCACUUUGGUCAAUUUAAAAAAAAAGAUGAAAAAUGAAUGGCAUAAUUUUGGCUCAUCUGGUUACAACUUUAAAGGUGAAAAAUGUCUUUAUGCUGUACCCCAAAAAGAUCUAUGUAGCGGAUUUUUUGUAGCAGUCUUUAAAAGGAAAUCGCAAAAACAAAAUCCUGAUGAAGUCAAAGAAAAUUACGAUUUCCAAAUUGUUGAAGUACAAAAUAGUAGAGAUAAAUCAGAGGAGUCUUAUGUAACAGAAGAAAGUCAGAGUUAUUGUAGAAAAAAGGCAAAAAAACGUAAGUUAUGUACCGAAGACUAUCGAGAUGCAAAUGACGAGGAGAAAAAUAAUGAAAACAGCAAUAUUAAAUCAGAAAAAGUAAAAAAAAAAAAGAACAAACGCAAUGCACAAGAAUGAGAGGAGCGGUGAUAUAAAAUUUCAAGGAAAAUUAUUCAUCAUUCCUAAAAAAAUGUACGAUCUUGCGAUGAUGUGUAAACUAUGUUAUAGCGUCAACAUAUUUUAAUAUGACGUCCGGCCUAGCAAGAGACCGAAAGAAAUGUGUACAUUGUGAAAUUUUUCUAGCACAAUAAUUUUGUAAUGGUACACAAGGUCACUACCAAUUUCCGCGAGUAGCGAGAAAAUUUACGAUCUUUUUUUCUUUGCUUCUAAAUUUGCGAUAAUCAAAGGCUGAUAUGAAACUUCUAAAUAUUUCUCUUUAGAAAAAAUGUAUAGAAGUCGUUCCAAAGCAUUUAAAUAAAAUGAUCCUCGGAGUUCUAAUUUUUAAAAUAAUGAACAUAAUUUGUGGCAAAUAAUUGCAAUCGCAAUCUUAAUUGACUAUUAGUCAAAUUCUAACUCUAUAGCUGAACCAUAUUAUUCGUACAAAUAUAUUAUACACAAUUAUUAAUAUUUUGAAAAAGUUUAAGGUAGCUCCACCAGGACGGGUUGUAUUACAGUUGUAUUGUAUAGUAUUAUAGUUUUUGGAAAAAAUCUGUCAUUUAUUAUAAAAUUAUUAGAGGAAAUGUAAACACGCAAUUCUACCCUCGUAUGUCACCGAUAUAUACCCCUAUUUAUUUUUACGGAAUCUGAUAGCUCAUGUAAAAUACUAUUUAUACAAAAAUUUUGAUUCGAUUCUGUUGUAAAAUAAAACUUAAUGGAGUUACCUUGAAUGAAAUAGAAGAUGAGCGCUCUUAUAUAAAUAAAUAAAGUUCAUUAAAAUUGAAGUAAACUGCAUACACAUGAGUUUUAAUAGUUUGCAAAGUAUAAUUACAUUUAUUUUCUUUUUAAAUUACAAUUUUUUAUAGGUAGCUGUCUUAUUUAUAUCAAUAGCUCAAAACUAUAUUUGUUAUUUUUAAGAAUAAACCUUCUAUCAAUUUAAAAUCAGAGUAAAGAACAGUGUUAUGUUUUUUAUAUUUUCAAAACAGUAAUAGUUGUAUACAUACUAUAAGGAGCAUAUAAAAUAUAAUAAACCUAAAGCUACUGAAAUCGUUAAUGAAUAAACAAGUAGAGAAUUAAUUUUAUUUAUAGUUAUUUUCUUUUUGGAUUGUAAUUUUUACGAAUUGAUUCACUUUUGUAGUACCAUUGUAUCUUCAGAACUUUUUACAGCAUAAAUAAAAGCAAGUAGCUAAUCUUUGAUUAAAUACCAAUUUAGAUAUAUUUCGAAAAAAAAAUCAUCUGUGAACUUCAUAAACCAAACGUUUUUUACUUUAGUUUGUAUUUUUUUAUUAACUGAAUAAAC